AUGCGAUUUGACGAAAUUCUGAGACAUUUAGGGGAAUUCGGACCCUAUCAAAAGCGAAUUUUCUAUUUGUUAUGUUUACCUGGAAUAACACAUGGUAUUCGAAUGGUAGUUGCUGUGUUUGUAACUUAUAUUCCGUUUCAUAGAUGUGCUUUACCAGGAUAUGAUAAUGAUACAUACGCUGUACAAUCUGAGUACCAUCAACAACUCAUCAACGAAACUAUACCAUUAGCUAAGAAAGGUCUAGGCUAUCUGUAUGACCAAUGCUAUGUAUAUCUUACUGUUUCUAAUCAUACCAAAUCGUUGGUCAAAUGUAACCACUGGGUAUAUGAUAAGUCUGUAUUUACCAAUACUGCAUCCACCGAGUUUAACCUAGUAUGUGAUGAUGCAAUUAAGACAUCCCAUGCUCAGAUGAUAUUUAUGGGUGGUUAUUUCUUUGGUGCAUUUGUGACUGGUGCAAUAUCAGAUAGAUUUGGUAGAAAAGUAACUCUAUAUGGCUCUAUUUUGUUGGUGUUGGCUGGAGGAUUAGGUCUGGCUUGGGCUGAUGAUUUCAUAGUGUUUGUUUUACUAAGAUUUGUGAAUGGAACUGCUACUGCUGGCGUCUUUACAACGUGUUUCGUUUUAAGUGUAGAAAUUGUUGGUCCAUCAAAAAGAGCAUUUACAGGAAUAGUAAUAGAAUUUUUCUUUGCUAUUGGAAUGAUAAUAUAUGCUGGUAUGGGAUAUUUUAUACGAGAUUGGCACUAUCUGGAAAUAGCUGCCUCUAUACCUGUUGUUCUCUUUCUCGGGUAUUGGUGGAUAAUUCCUGAAUCACCCCGAUGGUUAUUGAGUGAGAACAAGGAGGAAGAAGCGGAAGAAAUAAUACGUCAUGCUGCCAAAGUUAACAAAGUCAAACUAGAUGAGAAGCUUUUUUUACAGUCCGUGGAAGAAGAUGAAAAACAAGAGAAAGCUAAUAUAUUUCAGUUGUUUAAAUAUAGGGUAUUGGCAUUUAGAACUUUUAUAAUCUUCUUUAAUUGGAUGGUUGUCAGUAUGGUGUAUUUUGGUUUAUCUUUAAAUAGUGAUAACCUAGGAGCUGGUUCUCUAUUUUUAAACUUCUUUCUCGUUGGUUUGGUCGAGUUCCCGGCGUAUACUAUAUGUUUGGUAUUUUUAGACAGAAAAGGCAGAAGGGUUUUACAUACGUGUAGCAUGCUUACUAGUGGCAUUGCCUGUAUUAUAACCAUCUUUACCAUUUUAUACGCUGGAGAAGGACAACAAUGGCUAACCGUAACAUUUGCUAUGAUUGGUAAACUUGGUGCUACCAUGGGAUUUGCUGUCAUAUACGUUUUUUCCAGUGAGUUAUUCCCUACUGUAGUACGUCAGGCCGGAAUGGGAUUUAGUUCCAGUUGUGCCAGGUUAGGUGGAAUGAUUUCACCAUAUGUUACUAUUGGCGGUGAUUUUGGAAGAGCUCUACCAAUGAUCAUAUUUGGUUCUCUGUCUAUUGGUGCUGCUAUAUUAACUUUAUAUUUACCUGAAACGUAUAAUAAAGAUCUUCCAGAAACAAUUGAAGAUGGUAAACGAUUUGGAAGGUAA